AUGGUCCGCAGAAGAGAAAAGCAACAGACAACGCCAAACGGAACAACAAAUUUGCAGAUCGCAAUCAAAAGGGAAAAAACACAGCAGCCAACGGCACAUCGACUGAAAAAAACGGAUUGGAACAAGUUUAAGAAAGAGAAAAAGGAGCUGAAGCUGAAACGCAAACAGACACGCGACACCUAUGAAGUGACCGUCGAGGUGAAGAAGAUCUACGAACAGCUCAAAUGUAAUGCUACCAAAAAUAAGGAUGCCCUCGUACAGCAAAUGUACACGCUGCUCAACGUGUCCGCCGACAACAUUAACAAGGUGGCCAAGGCUCAUGACACCGCUCGCAUCUUGCAGUGCAUGAUUAAGUUUGGUUCGCCAGCGCUUCGCGUUGAGCUUAGCGAUAAAUUGAUGCCAGAUGCAGUAACUAUGUGUCAAUCAAAGUACUCGCAUUUUUGCAUUCAAGCCAUGCUGAAGUACUGCACUUCAGCCACCAAAUCUAAGUUGGCCGAUGCCCUCAUGGGCAACCUGGUGCGUUUGGCUGGUCACAAUAUUGCUGGCAAGCUGGUCGAUGACAUUUAUCAGGCUGCAACGAAACAGCAGCGUUGUCACAUGCGACAGGAGUUCUAUGGUGAGCUGUACAAAAAGAACAAGGAUUCCAAUGUGACUACAUUGAGCGACACUUACAAGGAUGCCAGCAAUAUGAAGGCAUCCAUAAUGGGCGCUGUCAAGACCAAUAUUGAGCAUUUGGCCAAUAAAAAACUCUUGGACAGCUCCCUGGUGCACGAUGUCAUCAUUGAGUAUCUGAAGGCUAGCGAGAAUUUGGCUGAAAUCGCCGUCACCUUGGCUGCCAGCUUGCCGCAGCUCUUGUCCACCAAAGCAGGCACCGAAGCGUCCACAUUAUGCUUCUACGCCUCCGAGCCGAAGACGCGUCGUGCUAUACUCAAGAACAUCAAGGAGCAUCUGCUGAAGAUUGCUCUGCAUGAGCAUGGACAUGUUUUCCUCAUUUCGCUAUUCAAUGUGCUCGACGACACCAAAGCGGCUAAGAAGUCCGUCUAUGAUCCGUUGCAUGGCGACUUGAAAACCCUUGUGGCCAGUCCCCAUGGCCGUCGUGUUAUCCAAUGGCUAAUUGCACCCGGCGAUACUGUUUGCUUCCAUCCCACAUUUAUCAAGUUCAUUGACGAUGGUCUGGUGCACAGCAAAAAAGAUAAGGAAGUACGUCGCAAGGAGUUGUUGGAGCAGAUUGAGGAGCCCAUUGCCUUAGCCAUGUGCGAGGAUCCGGGUUUCUGGUUGUCAAAUAGCAGCGUUGGCUUGGUCACCAUCACCAUACUGAAGCACAUUACUGGCGAACAUUAUAACAAAGCAGCUGCUGCAUUAGCUCCCAUUGUGGCUGCUGCAGAUUGGCGGAUAACCCCAUUGCCAGCUGAUAGCGAACAACAGACACAGUCGAAGGAUACAGAAUCGAUUAUAGCGGCAGCUACAGAGCAGCGCAAGAACAAAAAGAAGAAGGUGUCUAUUGUCCCAGCAGCGGAAAAGCCAGAAAGUGAUGAUGAUGAUGAUGAGAACGACGACGAUGAUACUGGUGAGCCAAAGCAGACGAAGAAACCAAAGCUGGAUACAAAGCCAGUUGAGCCUGCCACUGAAUUGGGCAUUGAGAACAGCGGUAUGCAUCAUGUGCUAAAGACAAUCAUUAAGCAGGAUCUGAAAUGCGAUGGCACGCCAUUUGCAGCCAAGUUGCUGGAGAGCUUGACACCAGAAGUGUUGACUGGCUGGUUGCCUAUUAAUCGCGCUUGCUAUGUGCUUGUGACGCUGGUGGAGAAAACGCCGGAUUUGCAGCAGCAGCUGCUGAAGUUCUUUGACUCGCAGUCACUGCGUGAUUUGUUGCUGCAACAAAAGUCAUCAGGAGCCUCGAUUUUGGCUAAGAAACUCGAACUGGCUGGCAAAUAGAAUUACUACUUUAUAUGAUGAAAUAAUUAGUUUUAACUACACAUACAUAUACAAUAACAAUGCAGAAUUUGUUUGUACA